ACAGCACCCAGGAAGUGGCUGAGGGGAGCUGUGCAGAGCAGCACUGGCCAUGGGGAUAGCAGCCGCAGCCCUUUUGGUACUGCUCAGUCUAAGAGUGACUAUUUGUGAUGCUGAGGACACCUGCUCAGAGGUGAGAAUAGUGGGCCUGCGUGAUGCUGAUCGACUUGCCAUUCUUCAAGGAUGUCCAGGGAUCCCAGGUGUCUCUGGCCCAAAAGGAGAAGCAGGUCUCCCAGGAACAAAAGGAGAAAUGGGAGACCAGGGAUUCCCCGGGAAAGCAGGACCACCUGGUGCAAAAGGAGCGGCUGGAGAGCCCGGCUUCCCAGGACUGAAAGGAACAAAAGGAGAGCCUGGAUUUCCAGAAAUAUGGGAACCGGGGAACUGCCAAGAACUGUUGGCCAAAGGGAAGAUUUUGAGUGGCUGGUACACAAUCUACCCCCAAGACUGCAAUGCCACUACCGUCUUCUGUGACAUGGACACGGAUGGUGGGGGAUGGAUUGUUUUUCAGAGGCGCUGGGAUGGGUCAGUGAACUUCUUGCGAGAUUGGGAUUCAUACAAACGAGGCUUUGGCAACCAGCUGACGGAGUUCUGGAUGGGGAAUGACAACAUCCACUUCCUCACCUCUCUGGGACCCUGUGAACUCCGUGUUGACCUCAGAGACUUUGAAAACAACUACUAUUUUGCCAAGUAUGCUUCAUUCAGAGUUUUAGGAGAGUCAGAGAAAUACAGACUGAUUCUAGGAGACUUCCUUGGUGGAAACGCUGGGGACUCUUUAUCGUACCACAGGGACAUGCCAUUUUCAACAACAGAUCACGACAAUGAUAUGAGUUCCUUUAACUGUGCCACAGAAUAUAAGGGAGCGUGGUGGUACAAUGACUGCCAUUACUCCAACCUGAAUGGGAUGUACUGGAUGGGUGUGCAUGGGAGCUAUGCUGAUGGCAUCAACUGGAAGACAGGCAAAGAAUACCACUACUCCUAUAAGCAAACGGAAAUGAAGUUCAGGCCAGUUUAACAUGGUGACAGGGUACCUGACUAGGUCCAAGAGGUGCCACUCACCCACCAACAGAAGACACAAAACA